AUGGCUUCCAUGCGUAUGAUCAUCGUCCUGGCCCUCGCCGCCCUCUCUGUUCACGCUCGACACCACCAUGGACAUGGACACCAGCAGGAGCCCGAAGUUAUCGAGGUCAUUGAAGUUGAUGAGGUUGACGAGAUCAUCAUAUUCGAAUCCGGAAAUGGUACAUUCGAAGGAAGUGGAUUCGGGUCUGGAAAUGGCUCUGGAAUUGAAGGGUCCGGCAAUGGUUCCGCCACGGCAUCUGGGAGCGGUUCUGGAUCAGGAGAUGAAUCUGGAAGCGGGUCCGGAUCAGGCAGCGGAAGUAAGUUCAUAUUGUUUUCGGCAGUUGAGACAGUUUGCUUUGGACUGGUAGGGAAAUCAACGUUUUUGGACUGUCUAGAGGUUAUUUAGAGACGAGAUGUGUCGGUUUUAUCAAUUGUUCUUUUCAGGUGCACCCGUUUGGUUUGAUGGAACUCAGACCGAAGACGACAGUCCCUUCUUCCGUGCUCUGAAUGAUACCGAGGAAUCCAACUGCACCGCCCUCGCUAAAUGCACCUCAGACGCCGAAUGUGGAUCUGGAAAGUGUAUUGGCGCCUUCGUUGGAACCUGUGAAUGCUCCAAGUGCCUGAACUUCAUCUUCUGCAAGGACGACGACGCCUGUGGAGGUCUCCAAGGCGCUUGCCAGAACACCACCAGCACCUGCUCGUGCCUCAAGGGAUACCAGCAAGCCGGAUUCAAGACCCAAUUCCAAGCCAACCAAGAAUUCUGCAACAAGAAGACCUGCACCGUCGACUCUGCCGACAAGGAUUGUUUCGGUUUCCCAUGCCACACUGGAAUCUGCUCAUGCGCUUAG